CAGUGCGCUAGGUUAUAUCUAGUAUGGAACAAGACCAGUCAGCCAAAGUCGAGCCUAUUGAGCAAGACGCCAAACCUGUUAUUAACUACUCGUGCCAACAAGAGGCUAAUGACGAAACUACACAGCAGGAACAAACGAACGACCCUAUGCAACAACAAGAACAGCAAGAGCAACCUGAUAUUGCCAUUCAACAACAAGAACAACAACAACAGCAAGAACAACAACAGCAGCAAGAACAACAACAGCAGCAAGAACAACAACAGCAGCAAGAACAACAACAACAACAGCAGCAGCAGCAGCAGGAGCAACAGCAACAGGAGCAACAGGAGCAAGCCAACAUUGCUAUUCAGCAGCAACAGCAACAGCAACAAGAGCAAGCUAAUAUUGCUAUUCAACAACAACAACAGCAGCAGCAGCAGCAGCAGGAGCAAGCUAAUAUUGCUAUUCAGCAACAACAACAGCAAGAGCAGGAUGCACAACAAUUUAAAGCAUCUAACAAUGCUACUACUUCUUCACCUCCUUCCAACCAGGGGCUUUCUGAGCUGAACUUGACGCAAGAACAAUUUCAACAAAUCAAUGCAGCUCAUGCCCAGGCGAUUGCACAGGCCGCUGCUGCUGCAAUUGCAAGUGGUGGUAAUUAUCAGCAAUUCUUUUCCCACCUUGAUCCCAACGCAUCAGGACAACCUCAAGCCCUGGACUCAACCCAUCAUCAGACAGGUGUGAUAAGUGACGAAACACACCACCCUGGGUCGGUCACUCAACUGACAACAGACAUGCUUAAGCGAGAACUUAUGAACCAAAAAGUCAGAGCUGAUAAUCGCGAACGCAAGAAGAGAUGGAGGGUCCAUAAUGAAGAAAGAAAUAAAGACAACGACCUACGAUGCCGUGUCAACAAACGUGCCGUAAAAUUGUUUGGAAAAGAUGAUAGUGAGCACAAACUCAGAUGGGUAGAAGAUGAGUUCCAAAAGAGACGAGCAAAACGUCAGGAAAAGCAACGACUGAAGCAUGCUGUGGAUGGCGCCAUGGGUGCCUCGACUGGAAUGGGUUCAGGGAAUCACGGCGGCAAUGGAAACCCAGAAACUAUAGACUUUUCUGCAAUUGCCUCGGCAGCGGCAGCGGCAGCACAGCAAGCACAAUCUGGAGCACCUACAAUGCAGACUCUUCAAGAGGCAGAUUACAUUACUAUGUUCUCCAAUUUUAAUAGUAAUAUAGCUGCCGCUAUCAAGGCUCAGGAACAUAGUCAAUUCUCUGAUCAGCUUCUUGAAUUGCUGCGACAACAACAGCAGCCACAAGCAGGACAGGGUAUGUCACAGCCUCAAGAAUACACACCACCUUCGCCCAAAGACGAAAAAUCGAACUCGAAUCAACAGCAAAGUCCGACCGAUCAGAACAUACCACCAGAAGAAAAGUUAGCAAGUGGACUGUUAGGAAGUGGGUCACCACAAGAAGGAUCGGAAAAUAGAGCACCGGAAGAGGCGAAAGAACCUUCGGACGGAAAGGGACAGCCAAGUGGCGACUAUCCUAUGGAUGCUGUUCUGACACUUAUGCAAUUAAAUGCUGGUUGGCGACAAUAAUUUAACUUUUUUCCUUCCUUCCAAUACUUUAUUCUUUGAUACUUUUUUAUGCAUUCGAACAGCAACCCAAAAAAAAAGAAAGACUAUUUGGGUCUUCCGUGUUUAAUAUGUACAUUUUCACCAUAUAUGCUCUUUAAUGCAUCUCAACAUUUUGCUUUGUUUGUUUUAAAAAAACUAGAAGUGUCGUUGUUUUAUAGACAAUUUGUUUUGUUUCUAUAAAUGUGAACAUUUUCAAAUC